CAGAAAGUGAUGACCUUUGAAAGAUGGUGGUGUGUUUUAACAGAUGAACUUGAUCUCUGCAUUCAGGGAUCUGUGGAGAACAAGUUUACCACACUUCAUUAAAAACAGAUUUGCUUGUGGAUUCCCUAAAGACUGGGAUCUAUUAAGAAGAAAGUGGAUCAUGUUUUUAAAAGCAGGAGAACCACAAGAUUUUCAGUGGAAGGGAAAUGACAAUGCAGCUAUUUUAGACAGCUGUUCCUCCUUAGAAAAGCCCCCUGGACAAUCAUCACAAGAAAGUAGUUGUGAGGAAUUCAGAAACAAAACUCAAAAGAGGAAUUCUGCAUUUUCACCCUUACCUGCCAACAAUAAGUUCACAGAUACAGUUCAUGGACUUGGUUCUAAUUAUGCUAUAGAUGAAAAAUGUGAUACUAAAAGUACUGGAAAUCAGCCACGUUUAGAAGAAGAAAGAACUAAUUGUGUAAUCCCCAAAAGAAAUAAACCAGAAUGUAGCAACACAGUUAAAACUACAAAGAAUCAUUUUCUGGCAGCUGAAAGAAGUUUCGAUAUUAUUAGUGAUAGUGAAGACUCAAGUGAUGAAGAUAAUGACAUUGUUGACUUGGACACAAAUUGUCAAGAGGCAAAAAUCAAUGAUAAUCAAUAUGGAAAUAAGAAACAAUUGGUUGUCAUGAGAAGAACUAAUACACCUCAGACAUUGGUUCAACUUGAUGUUACUGCAUUGCCACGUGGGAAUUGUGUGAUGAAGGUAGUGAAAGAUUGCUGGAGAACUGGCUGCCCGUCUUGAAUGGGAGAAAACUCUGCUUCAGAGGAGUCAGGUCUAUGGGAAGCACGUACAUUGAUCACACAACAGCUUCAGUAAAAUCAAGACUCAAAAGUGAUACUGUGACACUUGUUGAUGGCAAUACCUGCAAGCUCAUAAGACAGUCUCAUGAUGUACAUAAUUGUGAGGCUCCUUCAUCAGUCAUAAACCAUGUGGCAGAUAACAGCAAAGAGAAAAAUAGCAAUGUACCAGAGAAACUAUGUAAUGAUCAAGGCUCUAAUGCUUUGCCUGCUGUGAAAAGCAACAGAGUACAAAGUGCAGAUGACAAGAAAAAAUGUGAGAUGUUGAACAAUCCAGGGGCAGUAUCACCAAAAAGCAUAAGAAAUGCAGUCAACUCAAAACAAAAGAAAGAAUUAGUUGACAUAAAUGUAAAGAAAAGUAAAAAAGAAUGACAGUCAUCUCUACCUGGCUCAGACAAAGAUGUGAAUAGUGAUUCUUUAGAUGGCAAUAACUGUCUAAAUAAUAAAUUUAAAAACCCAAUUCAUUUUAGAAAUUCAGAAAGGAGAGUUCUAAAGAGUAGAAACAAACAAAUCAGUGAACAAAAAGAAGGUUAUAAUGAUAUAAUGUAUGAGAACAAGA